AUGGAUCCUAAUGGUGCGUCGCAGAUAGUUAGUGCUUUGGAAGUUAUAUAUUCUCCGAAGUCAGCUAAUCACCAGAGAUUAGAGGCGCAGAGGUUUUUAGACCAGGUGAAGAGCCAUGAGGAGUCUCCAUUUUGGGGGUAUGAGAUAGCUUUGAAUAAUUCGAGCAAUUCUAUCCUGAAGCAUUUUGGGCUUGGGUUGUUGGUUCAUGUGAUGCAAAAGCAUUGGAAGGAUUAUGAUACGGAGAAGCAGUUGGCUCUUCGGAAGUGGAUAACGGAUUUGAAUUAUCGGGUUACGGCGGAUGAUCCUCGUUAUAUUAAGGAGAAGUUGGCAUUUCUUUGGGUGGAAAUUGCGAAACGAGUUUGGGGCGAGGUGUUGAAAGAUGAUACAUUGUCGGAGCAGUCUUUGUUUGAAUCUUGGGUGGAUAUGGAUAGGAAUUUGGCUGAAUUGUGGAAUAUGUCUGAGGCUUCUCGUGAGUUAGUGUUAAUAAUUUUCAGAACGUUAUUUGAAGACAGUUUUCUUCUUGAGGAUUUAACCGUGCUGAAGAGGAUAUCUAUUGUGCAGCCGUUAUGUAUUAUGAUCGUGUGUCCACUAGAUUUAUUUAGUGAACACUACAAGCAUUCUGAUAAGUGGAGAUUAUUUAAGAGCAACGAUGAGGGUUGGUUUGGAAUAUGGGUCACCGAGUUGCACCGAGCGUUGGAGGCACACAACUCGCCUUACAUAUUAAGGUUAUUGGAGACUUUAAAAACGUGUUUAAAUUGGCCCAUCAGCGAUAUCGUAAUAAGAUAUGAUAUUUUGGGUGCAUUGCUGGAUUGUUUAAUGUCUAAGAUCCCCAAGGCCCAAGCUAUCUCAUUAGAUUCGAUUCACAUUCUUUUGACACGCCCAUACAAUUCACAAUCUCAUUAUGACACUUUCAUUACCAAAGUAUUCAAUAGCAUGAGUCUACUAGAUAAAGUUUAUGAUGAAUUGCAGUUUAAUCCAAACGAAGGUAUCGAUGAAGGUAAAUAUCCAAUUAUUAAAAAAUUUGCGGACAUGAUAACGUGUUUGCAUAAAAGCGUUCUGAGGUUCGACCCUGCUGAUAAGAAUGUCGAACUCUACCUUCGUUUAGUAUUAAAAACAACAUAUAAUCCAAGUUUGAUUGUUAGUGGUAUUUCUCUAGAUCUGUGGUGUGCGUGUCUUAGAAAUGAUGAAUUCCUUCCUUUGCUAGAGAAAUAUGUUAUUAGAGAUAUUUUGGAGUAUUGUGCAAACGCUUUGGUUCACUACGAGCAAAUAGAUAAUCACAUUUCCAAGAACUAUGCAGAUGCUGACUUUCAAUCUAUUUCUGAUUAUAAUGGUUUCUGCUCAACAUAUAGAAAGCGAAUAAGAGAUGUGAUCAGACUGAUCUCAUGCGUUCAAGUGGAUUAUGUUUAUGAUUGGUUAUGUGCCAGAUUAAACAGUUACUUUAGUUCUGCCUACGGACAAGAAAUAUUGAGUUCUACAUUCCUUAAUCAUAAAGCGGAGCCGUACUGGAGUUCUCUGUCACAAUUAAUGAUUGUAGAAUGUUUCAUUAAUGGCUGUAUUCGUUGGAAAAUUUGGUACACUAAUGAAAGCGAUUUCGAUAAAAAACUGGAUACUAUCUUAGCAAAGGUAGAAACACUUUCAAAUCAACUUAUUUCUUUGAAUUUAAGGGAUCCAUUGUUGUUAAAAAAACAAAUUCAAAAUUUUGCAUUGUUUUUGACAAUACUAAAAGACAAUGUGUUGUUUAAAUUGUUAGAAAAGAUUAUUACCACCGCUACUUUGGACUAUUCGGACAUUGACAUGGAAGAGAAAAGUGAUAAAGCAGAUGCAGUCAGAGAAUUGAGGUAUGCAUGUGGCAUAGAAUUAAACAGAAUGGCAUUGUUGAUGCCCGAUUCCCUAAAGGGAAUUUAUUCAGAUUUAGAAAAUGUCAUUGCCAGUAUUUUACCCAAGUUGACUUCACAUGAAACGAUCUCCUUCAAAUCUUUCUUGUUAAGUAUCGCUUUAUCAUCGUCAAUGGAUGAUAAAGGUUCCAGGUUUUCAUCUAUUGUGGACCCAGAAUUGGCAGCGUGGUCGGACAAGAAUACCGUUGUUGGUUUAACAGAUUUGCCGUGGUUCUUGGAAAGGCUUGGUAUUGUUAAAAUUGCUCAGUACUUUCAAAAGAGAGUCAUCGAUGAGAAUAGCGAUCUUCUUGCAAUAAAAAUUGAUGAUGAAGGUAAAAAAUUAAAAGUUGAUCUAGCGAAACAUUGGCAAACCUUGUUCCCAGUUCGUGCUACCAGAAUGUUUAUCCAUUAUUCUAUGCAAACUGUUAAAAAUAAUGAAGAUUUUGUUAAGUUACAAGAACUAUGGAAACCAAGGAUCGUACCUAUACUGCCCUAUAUUUUAAGAUUGUUGUACCAAUUGCAGUCUUACCAUGAUCCUGAAAAUUGGAAGGACCUUCCUGUUAUAGUUCAAUCUUUUGUGAAAUGUUCUACGAUUGAAAGGUUUUGGGAAGCAGGCGCUACUAAUAAAUCUAAAGAUGAGUUUAUCGAUGAGCACAUGAAAGCUUUGCAAACAGUACGUGAUUUUGCAGACUCCGUUGGGCAUAUAGUAAGAUAUACAAGAGAGUAUGUCCUCUUGAUUUUGAGCGGCAUUUCAAGCCUUGGCAGUAUCUUCUAUGAAAUUGAUGAUCUACCUAAUUUAUUGAUGAAUUCAAUCGCGAUUUACAAACCAGGUUCUGAUGAAAUCAGUCCUGGUGUCUCAACUCAUGGUUGGAAACAUAUCAUCAAUGUCGCAAUCCGGUCCAUUCUCAAGAGCUGUCCGGAACAAUGCGCUGCAACCUUCAUGACUGCUUUUUUACCAAAAUUGUUUGAUACCAUAUCCAUUGUAUUGUGUAAGAAAUGGUCCUCUUAUAUGAACAAUAUCAGCGUGAAUCCUUCUCCAGCAGACGACGAUGAGAUAACGGAAGAAAUUUUGGAAGAGAACCUGUUGCGUCAAUUGACAACCGUUGUUGUUCGUUUGUUAAUUGAUUGUGUUGGUCAAGUUGGAGUGUCUGCACAAGUUUCCAAGUUAAAGUUGAACGCCCAUCAGAUCAAAAUGAGAAAGGUUAUAUUUGGCAAUGCAAAUGUCAUGGCUUCAUUUUUGAAAUUAUUAAACUACCUGAUAUCUUUUAGAGACAGUAAAUGUUCAUUUAAUUCAAUUUUGAUUAUGAGGAGCAGUCUAACUGAAACAUUGAUAAAGCAUGAAGAGAUUGAUAGGUUUUAUAUUACAGAAAUUUUACCAAACUUCUUGAUGAAUAUUUUGACUCAAAGCGCAUUCCAGGAUUCAUUUCAGGAAGCUCUGUAUGUUUUCACGGUUGCUUUCUUAACAUUAUGCAAAGAGCAUGAAAGCUGCAGGAAGUAUUUCCAUGAAUUAUCCAACGGUUAUGACAUCGAAGCCUUGUAUGAAAACUUGCGAAAUGUCGAUAACUACAAGGACCAAAAAGUUCUAAUGGUUGACUUUAUUGAAUGGAUUAAAACUUUCAACGGUGAUGUAGACGAAGACCAUCAGGAUGAAAAUAAAACGCGAGAAAGAAGAGAAGCAGUUUUAGCCAGGGCAAAUGAAAGAUUGGUCAAGAAGAAUAAGGACCAAGGCGAUAUGUUGGAUGAUCCAAACACGGAAGAUGCUGCAUUUGGUCAUCUGUUCGGUGAUCACUAA